AUGGUUGUCUCCGAAUUAACAUUUUUGGAAAUUCGCGAUGAGUAUCCCGAUUUGGAUUCAGAAAUUCGUAGUAUUCUGACAGCACGUGCUCAGGAUGGUGCUACCAUAUCGGAUAUAAGAGAUGAUUAUCGCAAACUAACCGGUCUUACCUUUCCCAUAUAUGAAUCUGUUACGGAAUUUCUUCUAACCAUACCAUAUGUCUCGGCGUAUUGUAAUGAAAAUGGUACACGUAUCUUUAAUAUACGGCCGAUGGAGAAGACUAAACAUAUACAUAAUAUGGUUAUGGAACAGAAACCUCAACAAGAAUCAAACAUCGGUCACAAGCACCAACAACAUCAACCACAUCAGCAUCAUUUCUAUGAACCAUUGCAACCGAAAUCGGGACCACAACAAAUGGUUCCUUUUUCCAAGCAAAUGACAUCCCAAAAUGCUGUUGUUACCGAUAAUCUAAUGCUGAAAUCGGCUAACACUGAUAAGAUUGCUGUACAACAAGAUAAUUCUGAAGGUUUUGUUGAGGAUAAUUGGAUUUAUAAUGAUAAUUGUAAUUAUUUACUCAAUCGCAUACACAGCCAAGAACCUGUUCCCACUAUCUAUACCAAUCAAAUGAUGAUACCUAUCAACGACAUAUAUACCGCUGAUGAUCCACACUAUAAUCAGCAGCCACAAAAUCUACAACAAUUUGUUAAUGCAGUACCCGCCGCUGGUCAAAAUAAUUGCAAUAUUCAUCCAAAUAUUGUCAUGCCAUUGUCAUCAUCAUGUGAAAAUAAUAUGAAUUAUCUAAAUAAUUUAUUUCAAAAUCAUGAAUUGCCAACAAAUAUUGUUAAUACUAAUAAUAAUAAUAACAACAACAUAGCUCUUGGUAGUACCAAUGUUGGUGGUGGUGAUGUCCUAACAACAAAUCCUCGACGUUCUUCUUAUGGAACGCAGAAAAGUCUAAUGCCUCGCUCGAGCAGAUCAUCAUCGCCCACAGCCAAAAGUUGUUAUACAAAUGAUUCCAUGUAUACCGAUAGUGAUUAUGAAGCACAUCUUCUGGAUUUUCUUUUACUGGGAGAUGAUUUCUUUUUGUAUAUGGCCCGCAUGGAGCUUAGGUGUAAAUUCAAAAAACGUCAAAAAGUUUUACAAUCCGGUCUAUGUGUAUCGGGCCAAACAAUUAGCGCUGCAAUAAAACGUGUUUUAAACCUCAAUGAUAAUGGUCGUUCGAUUAUUGUCAAUAUCGGUUCAGUUAAUAUAAUGCAGGGACGUCAAUUAAUCCAAAUCCAACAUGAAUAUCGUGAACUAUUAACGAUAAUGUUGAAAAAAGGUAUACGGCCGAUUCUAACGACAUUGGCACCGUUGGCAAACUAUACACAUGAUGGUGAAAUGAAACGAACCCUGGAACGUUUCAAUCAAUUUGUUAAACGUGAAGGAGAACGUAACAAUUUAAUUGUCAUAGAUAUCUGGAAGUGUUUGGUGAAUGAAAAAGGUUGUGCGAGGUUCGAUUGUUACCAGAACGAACCCCGCAAUGUCACCGGCGCUGCUGAACCAUAUCUAUUCUGGAACAACAUCGGUCGCCAGCGUGUACUGCAAUUAAUCGAAUCUCAGUUGGAAUAUUGAAACCAAAUGUGAUAAA